AUGGGUAGAUUGCAUGAAUAUCAAGUCAUUGGUCGCAAAUUACCAAGUCAAAAAGAUCCAGUACCAAGUCUUUAUCGUAUGAAACUUUUUGCUCCUAAUGAAGUUAUAGCAAAAAGUAGAUUUUGGUAUUUUUUAACAAAGCUUAAAAAGAUUAAAAAAGCUGCUGGUGAAAUCGUUUCCAUUAAUGAGGAUGAAGAUUCUGAACGAAUAGCCAAUUAUGGCAUAUUUCUUCGAUAUGAUUCUCGUUCCGGUACACAUAAUAUGUAUAAAGAAUAUAGAGAAUUGACUAGAACUGAUGCAGUUACCUCAUGUUAUCAAGACAUGGCUGCUCGUCACCGUGCUAGAUUCUCAUCCAUUCAAAUUAUACGUGUUGCCGAGUUGAAAACUUCUCAAGUGAGACGUCCCUACAUAAGACAACUCAUUGAUCCGAAACUUAAAUUCCCUCUUCCUCACCGAGUUAUCCGUGGAAAUAAGUCCACGUUUUUGGCUAAACGGCCUUCUACAUUCUACUAG